CCCGAACGAAAAGGCCCCAAUGGUUAUGGGAGGAGAAACGGCCAGACUCUCUUGCGAGUAAAUGAAGAGGAAGAAGGAGCUUCACAGCAAUGGCACAUCUCAAUCUCAUUUCAUUUCUCUUUUUCUUCUUCAUCAGUUGUCCAGUGUCGAGACUUGGGUUUAGUUUGUGAUGAUAGUAGAGCUUGAAAGUUUGAGUUUGAGAGAGAGGCAAAGGCGUUUACGGGGAUUGUGAUGUAUUGUGGAAAAGGGAGAGGGGGUGAGCUAUGGGAUUGUGGAAAACUGGGGGCAUUGAAUUUCGAAAGAAUGGGUUCAAUGGUACGCGAUAUUGGAGAUCCUUGCCUCUCACAAUCGCCUAUAAAGAUAUCUAGAAAGCUGAAGCCAGAAAAAUGGCAGGCAACUUUUGACAGUGAUGGCAAAGUUUCAGGUUUUCAGAAAGCACUCAGGCUGAUUGUUUUGGGGGGUGUGGAUCCAUCUAUACGGCCUGAAGUUUGGGAAUUUUUACUUGGCUGUUAUGCCCUAGGGAGUACUGCUGAGUAUCGAAGGCAACUAAGAACAGCCAGGAGAGAACGUUACAAGGAGUUGAUUAAGCAGUGUCAGAUAAUGCAUUCAAGCAUAGGAACUGGUUCACUUGCCUAUGUUGUGGGAUCCAAGGUUAUGGACAUGAGGACAUUAUCCAAAGAUGAUGGGAGAAAAGAAGAUAAAGUUGAAAGUAGACAAGCUUCUAUCGACACUGCUAACCAAGUGGACAAUUUUGGUAAUUUGAGUAAUAAUUGUACAGAUACAUCAUAUGCAUGCAAAAGGGAAAGUUGUACUGAUUCACCAGACCUUGUCAAUGUUAGGGAAAGAUUGGAUAAUGCAGCAUAUGGCUCUUCUUGUUUUGUACCUACAUCUGAUCCAUACAAUUGCGGCUCCCCUAAUCGAGGGAGAGAAGCUAAUGGAUCACAAUUCAUAAAUGAAAAUUAUUUUGAUUAUUUACCAGUCACAAAUUUGUUUGAGAAGAGUGGAAACAGUGAGGAAGAAUAUUGUGACUGUGAAGAUGAACUUUCUACACGACAUAAGCUGAGAUUUGAGGAUGACAGGAUGCAUAGUUUUCAAAUUAGUAAUAAUUCAGAUCUAAUCAUGGAAUCAUAUGGAUCAUCAUCUAACAACAUUUCGCACCCCAUAAAUUCAGAAAUUGAAAUGGCUUGUUCUGGUUCCCAUAAACCAGAAUUGUGGUCCAAAAAUCUGGAUUUUGAAACAGAAAUGGUUAACAAUUUGAGAAUAUCAGAUGUUCCAAGCACGCCAUUGAUGAAUGCAACCACAUUUCGAGGAGAGGCUGUCAGUGAAGACAGAGUUUCUGAAUGGCUUUGGACUUUGCAUAGGAUAGUGGUUGAUGUUGUAAGAACAGAUAGUCAUCUUGAAUUCUAUGAGGAUGCAAGAAAUUUAGCUAGGAUGUCCGACAUCCUUGCUGUUUAUGCUUGGGUUGAUCCUGCCACUGGUUACUGUCAAGGUAUGAGUGACUUGCUAUCUCCUUUCGUUGUUCUCUUUGAGGAUAAUGCUGAUGCAUUUUGGUGCUUUGAGAUGCUUCUUAGGAGAAUGCGUGAAAAUUUUCAAAUGGAAGGUCCAACUGGAGUUAUGAAGCAAUUGCAAGCAUUGUGGCAUAUUGUGGAACUCAUAGACAGGGAAAUGUUUUCACAUCUGUCAAAUAUAGAUGCUGAAAGCCUUCAUUUUGCAUUUCGAAUGUUGCUGGUACUCUUCCGUCGGGAGUUAUCUUUUGAAGAGGCUCUUCAUAUGUGGGAGAUGAUGUGGGCUGCUGAUUUUGACUUAUCUUUGAUUAAUAAUUUGGAGGAGAACUGUCUGGAAGCAUUGAUUAUACAGUUACCGAGGGACUCUGAUGCAGAGAUUGGAGAAGAAAGCACGGGAAAUGGUGGUGGUGGUGGUGAUCUAAAGGGUGCCAUACAACAAAAAAAUGGAAAUGUGGAAGGUUCCAUUUCAGACAAUGUUGGAGUGAAAUCAGCAUCAGCUCAUCCAUUUUGUGGCUUAACAAAGAAUUUCUGGUCCAGAAAUCAUCACUUGCAGAACUUGACUAUAGUCUCCUCAACCGGAAAUGGAGAUGUCGGAUUGCCUGUGUUUUGUGUGGCAGCAAUUCUUAUAUUGAACCGUAACAAAAUUAUUAAAGAGACCCGUUCAAUUGAUGACAUGAUAAAGAUUUUCAAUGAUAAUCUGCUUGAGAUCCAUAUAAAAAGAUGUAUACGCACAGCAAUCAAAAUUCGAAAAAAAUAUUUUUCCAAGCUGAUCAAGAUCAAUAGUCACGUGGCUCCAAAUGGAGAAUAGGACUAUGCUGUGACUUGCUUUCUACAAGACAAAAUCUCAUUAAUGGAACUCUGAGUUUGUAGUCUGAGACUUGGAUUCGAAGAUUAAGUGUGGAAUGAUGUAAUUUAUCCAUCUAAAUUUUUCACAAUGAAGGCUUUUAGAGAAGUGCUUUUGCAGUAUGAAGAUCAUGCCAGUUGUUUUUACAUCAUUAUCGCAUUCCAAAUCUUCAACAAGCUGAAGGAUUGACAAUUGCAAGGAAGUUCGUUAUUGGGGCAACCCAGUCUUGAUCAUUUGAUAUAGCUAUCAUGGACAUCUCAAACAGGUUGGGGAACACAAUUUGUCAAUUUUCUUUUCUUUUUCCCUUUCAUUUUUAUUAUACAAUACGUCUGAAGAGCAAAUUAUGUUGGGGAAAGCCAAAAAAUUAGAUGAAAGGGCAUUAGAUAAUGCAAAGUAGGGAAAGUAGGAGAUAGUAAUGUCAUAGUUGAAGAUUUUUUCAUGACAGUUUAUUUGUGAAUAUAUAAAUAGAUUUUUUGUUUUUCCUUUA